AAUGGACUUUUUGGGAUUUCGGUUUCGUUGUUCCGAAUAUUAGCUGAAGGUAAGAUUGGAGCUGCAACAAAAUAUCUCUCCCGCUUGUCUCUUCUCCGUCGCCCAAAACUCAAUUUCUUCCUUGUGCGCCGUCUUCACAAAGUUGUGAAGCCGAUAUGGAUGAAGCAAGCUGAAGAAGCUAAGCUCAAGAGCGAGGCUGAGAAGACUGCUGCAGCCAAGGCGGCUUUUGAUGCAACAUUUAAGAAUGUGGACAAAAGCACCGAGGCCCCAGGGGACUUGUCGGAUAGUGAUGCGGAAGAGGCUGAAGACUUGGCAAACAAGCCAAUUGGCCCGGUAGAUCCGGCCAAAUGCACUGCGGCUGGGACUGGUAUUGCUGGAGGCACUGCAUGUGCACCAUCCUCAUUCGUAAUUGUUACGAAGGAUACUGAUGGCCGCAAAGUUCCCACUGGUGGAGCGCAGAUAACGGUCAAAGUAAAGCCCGGUCAAGGCGUGGGGGCUACAGAACAGGAGGGGAUAGUAAAAGAUGCUGGUGAUGGGACAUACACAAUUACGUAUGUAGUGCCAAAGAGGGGGAAUUAUAUGGUGGAGGUCGAGUGUAAUGGAAAGUCCAUCAUGGGUAGCCCCUUCCCAGUUUUUUUCAGUGCAGGAAAUACAACUGGAGGACUGCUGGGUUUGGCUCCCCAAUCCAAUUUCCCAAAUCUAGUUAACCAGACAAUGCCCAACAUGCCAAAUUAUUCAGGUUCUGUCUCAGGUGCAUUUCCUGGAUUGCUUGGAAUGAUCCCUGGUAUUGUAUCUGGUGCUUCAGGCGGGGCAAUUUUGCCUGGAGUAGGAGCAACUUUAGGGGAAGUUUGCCGAGAAUAUUUAAAUGGACGGUGUGCAAAAAGUGAUUGCAGAUUCAAUCACCCACCGCACAGUUUGCUGAUGACUGCAUUAGCUGCUGCAACCACCAUGGGAACUCUGAGCCAGGUACCCAUGGCGCCUUCUGCAGCUGCAAUGGCUGCUGCCCAAGCAAUUGUUGCUGCUCAAGCACUUCAAGCCCAUGCUGCUCAGGCACAAGCUCAGUCUAACCACAGAAAAGAUACUUCGGGAUCCAUGGACAAGGAUGGAAAGGCUGAUUCCCUGAAGAAAACAGUACAAGUUAGCAACCUCAGUCCGCUGCUCACAGUGGAUCAGUUGAAACAGUUGUUUGCUUUUUGUGGCACAGUUGUCGAAUGUAGUAUAACUGAUUCAAAGCAUUUUGCCUAUAUAGAAUAUUCAAAACCUGACGAGGCUACUGCUGCUUUGUCAUUGAACAACUUGGAUGUUGGUGGUCGCCCUCUAAAUGUUGAAAUGGCCAAGUCAUUGCCUCCAAAGCCUGCUGUUCUGAAUGCACCUCACGGCUCCUCUUCUUUACCCAUGGUGAUGCAGCAAGCAGUAGCAAUGCAGCAAAUGCAAUUUCAGCAAGCUUUGGUGAUGCAACAGAAUAUGACUGCCCAACAGGCUGCUAACCGGGCUGCAACCAUGAAGUCUGCAACAGAUUUAGCAGCAGCUAGAGCUGCUGAAAUAAGUAGAUCCUUGAAAGUUGAUGGACCUGUGGAUGAAGACAAGGAAACACAGAGAAAAUCAAGGUCACCAUCUGCUACCCGUGCAAGGUCAAGAUCCAGAACAAAAUCUCCUGUCAUGAAAAGGCGGAGGUCUCGCUCUUUCUCACCUCUGUCUCGCCGUGGAAGAAAUCAUAGAUCAAGAUCACCUUUCAGGUCUCGCCACUACUCGAGCUAUGAUAAUGAUAGGCGGUCAUAUCGAGAUUUAAGGGAUGACAGUGCCAGAAGUCGAAGACGUGAUUUUGUUAGAUCGUAUGAUCGUCAUUCCCGUACCUCCAGAAGAAACAGGAGUAGGAGUGUUAGUCCUCGAAGUAGAAAGUCAUUUCGAGAUGAUUCGUACUCUCCAAAACGUCGUCGAGAAAGUCCUUCACACAAGGGAAAGAAAUCAUCUCAUGCUAGUUCUAGAUCUCCAGGACAUUACAAGGGAAGUAAAUCAUCUCCACGAAGUGAUGAUGAAAACAAAUUAAGCAGAAGGCGAUCUAGGUCAAAGUCCAUGGAAGUUAAGCAUCGGUCUAGCGAUAAAUUAGAUGAAAGCAGGGAAGGAAAAUUAAAACGACGUGAUCGACGGCGCUCUAGAUCAGCAUCAUUAGAGGGUAAGCAUCAGAAACAAAGUAAAACAGAUGAUGCUAAGUUUAAACAGAGAAGGCACUCUAGAUCCAAAUCUCCAGAAGAUAAGCAUCACUCGAGUGAUAAAUAUGGAAAAAGCAGAGACGAGAGGUCAAAACAUCGUAGCAGAAGGCGUUCCAGGUCAACAUCUGUGGAAGAUGACUUCCAGAAAAGCAGUAGGGUGUCUGCUAAACGAUCUAAUGAGCACAAAUCAAGUCACAGAAGACGCUCAAGGUCAAAAUCUGUUGACUAUAAGCAUCGAGAGAUUGAUAAUGUUAAAGAAAAAGGUACAGACGAAAAGGGAAACCACAAUGAUAAAGGGCUGGUAGGAAGUGAUGAGUUCGGUGGAGAAGCUCAUCAUAAUGCGAGGAAAUCAACAGACUUCAAAGAUGAUGGGGCAUCAGUUUUAAUUAUAGAGACCAACGGCAAGAGUUCAUUGGUCAUGGAAGAUGGUGAUCUAGAUGAAAAUGAUGUUGAUCAUAAUGAUUUCAAAGAGGAUGCGACAAACUAUGAGAGACAUGACAAAAGAAGUCCUGCACUAGCUCGAUGAACCUUUUGGGUCUGCUUUACAGAAUGUAUCCAGAUUCUGGAUGAAGGGAGGUUCCUGAUUCGUUGAAGAAUGGCUAUUUGUAGCUAUCUCUUACUGGUCAAAACUUGUGUAUUUGUCUCCUCAGACAUGAAUAUGUUGUCUUUGUUUUCUUUUGCAGGAUUAAGUGGGAAAGUUCAAUCACGUCUGAGGUCAUCUUUUUAUGGUUAAAGUGUUUCAAGAAGUAUUCUGCUCGAAUUGUCUGGGUUCAACUUGCACUAUUGUACCAUACUUCUUAAAUCAGCUUCAUUAUGUUGGACUGUUACCCUAUAUUUAGGUAGUAGAUUCUCUUUGAA